GCCACAUUAAAAGGAGCAUCUUAACUCUCAGUAUAAUGAUUAAAAUGGCUGUAAUUAGAUUGGAGUAGAGGAGUCGGCGUGCUACAUGCUAAGGGCGAGCAUGUUUUUUUUUCAUGGACUCAAAUAGUUGGCAAGGAUUGUGAAGCCCUGGUCGCACGUCAGGCGCGAACGCGGUUCCGACGGAAGAACCGGUGGCACAGCAGCAACUUUAGCCCGCUGAAAGCUCCAUUAUCAUUCUCGAUAUCGGAAACAAGGAUAGGAAUAGCAACUCUGAUAGCAAUGAUGUCAAGUUGAGUCUCGUUGCCGCUGUCAAAGGUGGCGUGCUUAGCUUACGCGUCAGACAGCACACAUUGGUGGGAUAGUGUACAUGGCCGCGGAGACAUCAUAUCCGUAUUAAAAGCGAAAAUAAUCCCGAGGUAAGGAGCCGAGGAGUGGCCAAAACCGUCGGCGUUUCUCUUUAUUUUCACCCGCUUCGGCUCUCUUUGCUCUCCCAAACUGUCUUGCAACCGUCGAAAUGAUCGCACGUAUAACAUUUAGGUGGCUCCCUUAAGAUCCAGCCAGCACAAGGAUUUUUUUCUGCUCUCCUCCUUCGUUUAUAAAGUCGCCAUUUUGCUUCACUGCUCGUAUAAACCAUCCGGUAUUCCGAUAUUUUUCCUGAAGGAGUCGAGGAUUUACAAAUCUUUUUGGGCUAUUUUUGGACUGUUUCACGGCAAGCUUGGAGCGGCGUCUCGUGCUUUAUACAUAUUAAUGCAGCAAAGGAAGGAGGCACGGCCAGGCGUGAAGGGGGGCAGGCCGACGGCGUUCCCCAUAUCACAAGCGUUGUGACCGGCCCUUGACACACAGCAGGUGGGAUUGCAAUGUAACAAACAUUGGUGGAUAAACACCCAAUACGGUGCCUCUCUUUGGAACCCCCUCCUCGUCCACGCCACGGGGGCUGACCUGUGUCCAGUCGGCCCUGAGCUGUGGCCAAGAGGCCAACACUUCAGGCAUGGAAAAUCCCAGUGGCACCAAGGCUGGGAAGCUGUCGUCAUCAGGGCUGCCAAGGGGCCGGACCUCUAAGCAUGGACAUCCUCAGGAGCCUGUCAGAACUGUGCCUUGCCCUGAAAACAACAUCAAACACACAUCUGUUUGUGGUGAGGCAGCAGAGGGGAAGCGGAAAGGUCGUCCUAAAGCAGAAGAAGACCGGGAACUGAGGAGCAUCCCUGCCCACUUGAUUGUACAGUGGAAGGAAGAGUUUAAGCGUCGCUCUAGAGUCAAAUGUCCAUGUUCGGGCUGCUGGUUGGACUUUCCCAGCAUCUAUGGUGUAAAAUACCACUAUCAACGCUGCCAGGGGACCAUCGAAGCUGAGAAGCAGAGUCAUGGUUGUCCCUAUUGUGAGGCAGUGUUUGCAACAAUGGUACGUUUACAGAAGCAUAUGCUUUGGAACCACCCAGAUAGGGUUAGUUUGGAGUCAAAGGAUGAGCAGCUUAAGCUUCAGAAGAACCCCGUCAAGUCCAGCACUGUAAAAAGACCGCUGGAGAAUAGGCCUCCAUCCCCAGUGUUCUUCAAAGUGAAAAAGACCCAAGAAGUGUCUGCCCCGUCUCACAAUGGAGAGCUGACCCAUCACAGGAGUGAGAGGAAACAGCACAACCAGCAAUCACUGCAGAGUCACCAGUCCCAGUCAGCCCAGCUUCAAAUUGAGCAGUCUCAGUCCCAAAGCACGUCCUCUGAUGCAGGGGGGAGUGAAAGUGAAUGUGGCAGCCUACCGCCAUCUUAUCCUGAUGAAGACCCAGAACGAAUGAAACACAGACGGAAGCAGAAAACACCUAAGAAGUUCACUGGAGAGCAGCCUUCAAUCUCUGGAACGUUUGGAUUGAAAGGUAUGACUAAAGUGGAGGAGAAGCUGAAAGCAAGCCGCAUAAAGAGACCUGAUGGUAGUGGAUUUAGCGAGGAGCCUCAUAGGCGACCAACAUCAAAUCAGUCCUUCACUAAACACACAGCAACCACUAGUUCAGGUACUGUUCCUGACAUUCAAUGGCAGAAAGCAAUUUCAGAGCGAGGCGAAGUGGUGUGCCCCACUUGUUCCAUCGUCACCAGGAAAACAAUACACGGCUUGAAGAAACACAUGGAAAUCUGCCAGAAGCUUCAAGAAGCCCUGAAGUGCCAGCAGUGCCAGAAACAGUUCAGAUCCAAAGCAGGACUUAACUACCACAACAUGGCAGAACACAACUCCAAGUCAUCUUGGAAUGAAGGCCAGAUGGACGACGAGCAUGAGGAAAGAGAAAGACUACGCCGAAUACUCAAACAGAUGGGUAGAAUCAAAUGUCCCAGUGAGGGCUGUUCAGCUCACUUCUCCAGUCUAAUGGGCUACCAGUACCACCAGAAGCGUUGUGGACGUGAGUUCUCUGAUGCUGAGAAAGCCAUGUUUUUGUGCCAGCACUGCGGGAAAACAUAUCGCUCCAAAGCUGGCCGAGACUACCAUGUGCGCACUGAGCACUCCCCAACCACCACCUCUACCACGACAGCCCCCAGCAUCAACAAAAACAAUAGGACUGACACCAACAACAACACUGGCAAAGAGAGGAUCACCUGCGAGAAGUUUUUAGUUGGGAAGCGAGAGCAAAGUCAGCCCGAGUGGCAUGUAAAUACACAAGUGGCCCAGGAGAAGGACAAGGUUAAAGACAAGGACAGCCAAGAGAAGAACAAGGUGAAGGAAAAGGCAGCGCAGAAGGAAAGCCCUCAAGAGGAUUUUGAACGAACACCUAGUGGUAGAGUGAGGCGCCGGUCAGCUCAGGUGGCAGUGUUCCAUCUACAGGAGAUUGCAGAGGAUGAGCUUGCCAAGGACUGGGGCACCAAACGUCGCAUCAAAGAUGACCUGGUGCCUGACAGUAAGAGGUUGAACUACACUCGCCCAGGCCUUCCCAACUUCAGCCGGGAGCUUUUAGAGACCUGGAAGACUCAAGUCAAAGAAAACGGCUUCAUCUGCUGCACCAAUGAGAAUUGUGAUGCCGUCUAUUCCAGUGUGUCUGGACUAAAAGCACACUUUGCCACCUGUAGUCAGGGAGGUGGAGAACUGGCAAAGUAUACGUGUUUGAUCUGCCAGAAGGAAUUCAAUUCAGAGAGUGGUGUCAAGUACCACAUAAGCAAGACACACUCACAGAAUUGGUUCCGUGCAUCAGCCGGUGAAGGGAUUUCCAGCAGCAAGACUAGAGGACUCGAUGAUGAUAGCAUUCAAGAAGAGGUGAGGAAUGGUGCCACCACAGGUAAAAAGAGGGGUCGCAAGCCCAAAGAACGUCCCCAGGUGGUUGCUCCUUUCCAAACACAAACUGAAGCAACUACCACCAAUCAAAACUCAGUGGUGGAUCCAACCCUGUUCUCUGACUCAGCACAGUCCCGAUCGCAAAGCCCUGAUUUUACAGACAUAACUAAUCCAGAGUUAAACCAACAGCCCAACGGCACUACUGCGCAACAAGGCAAACCGAAGAGGCUAUCAUCUUUGUCCGAGUAGCUCUGCUGUUAUCGACCAGGAAACCACAGAGGACACCUGCUGCAGAUGUGGCUAAACAACAACAACGAAAAAAUGUGCACUGAGAAAACAGAAAAUGUGGUCGCUCUUCUAAAAAGUAACCACGUUACAGUACUGUUUCCAUUUCAGUUUAGUUCACACAAUUUCACUUGUUAGAGAAUGAAAUCAAAGACUUCCAUGAAGUUGACUUCCACAGUGAUAUCAUUCUUCCCACAGAAAGACUGUUGCUUCCUAUCAGUGGAGGGUCAUUUGCUUAAAAAGACUCAUAUUCAAAACACCUCUCUUAGCAUGGUAAUGUCAAGAUGCUAGUGCUGUCACAUUUCUUUCUGUUUAAUCUGUACAUAAGCACAUAUAGUAUAGAUACAAUAUAUACUCGAACUAAUGAUACUGUCACAUUUGAACAUCUAACAAAACCAUAAUUGAUCGUGUGUCGUUCAGAAUGUUUUGUGUUUAAUGUUUUUAAUCUUUGUCAUAUCAUUUUAUCCCUGAUUGUUUAAUAAUGAAGCAAGUCACAUUUAAGCUCAACUUUUAUUUCAAGUGUUUUGAUGAAUUUUGUCAGUGUACCACUUGAAACCUAUCCCUACUUUGAAAACCAUAAUUAAGUGCGAAAAACGGGAUUUACGCAACAGAUAUUGGUAGCAGUAUAUUUAAUAUGUUUUGUUUUUCAGCAGUGUCGGAGUCAAUUGUCAUCAGGCAUAUUUUAAUUGAUUUUAAAAAAGUAAGCUUGAGAUAAUGUCACUACAGUCAGACAAGCCAAUUUGUUAGACUGAAGGACGAACUGUUGUGAAGAUCGUUGCACUGUUGCAGCACAAUCAAGUAGGGUAAAACCUUUUUUUAAAGAAGAAGCCAUAUUUUGGCUUUUGUUUUAUCUUACAGAGAUAAGAAUAGAAUAAAAAUACUAUAUUUUGUAGCAGUUUAGGAGAGUGAUCGUUUAUCAUUGCAAAUCGUGAUUCGCAUUUAAUAUAUACGAAUUUACACCCGGAUGUUCAAAGAUAUUGUAUUGCACUUUAACCCUUGUUCCCAUGUGAUUUUGCACUCUAAGGUGUAACCUUGUAGCUAUCAGACAAGAUGAAAAAUAUUUUAUUCUCGGGGCAGAAUUAGAUUCUAUUUACGGAUAAUGGGCACCUCUGUGAUAACAUCCAUAAUCUAGCAUGACUAUAUACUUUUAACUCAGCACUCAAAGCCAUAACUACCACCACCUCCUUUAAUGAUAGCUUUUUAAAAUUGAAUUUUAAAAGACAAAAUAUAAUACAUGUAUCAAAUUAUCACAUCUAUAACUGUGCAAUCACAGAGUAGUAGUGUAGCUACUUUGUUGAAUCUACUGUUUUAUAAAGAACGUGAACAGCAGAAAUACUGACAAAAGUUGAUGCCUAUCUAGAAGUCUAGAUAGCACUUUGCCCAAUUGCUUCUCAACCUAAAACUGAUCUGUUAAAACUCAGCAGAUCCUUGCAUUCUCUCUCCACUCCUAAAAUUGCACCUAUACAUGUUGUUUAAUGUUAUCAUUUAAAUUAAUCAUAAUAUAACACUUGAUGAAUAGCAUAAUUAGAGUAUAUACUGACACACAUGACCUUUUUGUAGUGUAAAGCUCAGAUGUUUCUCCCAUUUUUAAUCAAUUGGUGGGGAUAAUUAUGCAUGUCUGUCUCUCACUUAAUGGGAUGGACAAACCUCUUUGUAUCCAGGUGUAACUGGUGAGAUUUAUAAGACAAGCACUGAUUAAUUUCCAUAUGAGUAGUCGAGAAUGUGUGUGUGUGUGGAACAUAAAGGACCUUUGCAAUGACUGGGGAAUAGGAAUCUAAAUGGUUUCUGGUGACUGUCACGGCACAAAAUCUUUUUGCUCAUGUCGUUAGUUACAUUAUGUUCCAUUUUCUGGGCAGGCUCUGGUGUUCCAAUAUAAUAACUAAGCACUGCUUUUACCUGGUUAUUUUGUAUUUUAUUACACCCAUUACUAUCUGUCUUCCUAUGGUAUGGAAAACUCGUAUCUACCCUGCAGUGUGAGCUAACUGCAACAUGUUUAGAGAGUGAAGCAAUACAUCAUGUUUAGCUGAUUUUGUGUGCUUGCUAAAAUUUUGAUAUUGGUGUCUUCUAUCAAAUGUAUGGCUUUUCUCAAUUAAUGACUUAUUGUUUGGCUGCGCUAAAAGUGCGUUUACCACAAAAGGUGUAGACUAAUGCGUCUGCAUUCACUGUUAUUUUGUCAUUUUUUAUUACUCGGAUAAGCAAGUUUUUUGUUUUCUUUAAAAUGCAAUGACAAAUACAUAGGGAUUGUCCAUUAUUCUUACUUAUUCAAUAUGGGGACAACAAGGCAUAUGUAUAUGUGUUUGUUUCUGUAUUUAGUGCACUUACCAUGAAAUAGGCUUGAAAUAGGAGUGUUGUUUGAGCUUUCUAGUGAUCUGGACUGUGUGUGGUGUGACUUUUGUAACUGAAGAAACAGCAGACUCCAAGUGUCUUCCCUUUGUUUGUUUCCUAAAACUGAGGCUAGUUGACUGAAAUCGCCAGACUGUCUCAGAAUUGUACACUAUUUUUUGGGGACAACAGUGUUUGACUUUGUUUGCUACCUACUAUUAAAAAUGGUAAAUGGCAUCUGCCUAAGUCAAAAGUAUAAUAUUGGACAACAGUUUAAAGAGAUGAUGUUGUUGCUCACAAUGGUGAUGUAGUAAGGAUAACUAAAAAUAAAGCUGUGUUGUAUCCUAACAGAGGAGUCUUUCUCAAUCCUUUGAGUUUGAACUGUUCAACACCCCCCCCCCCCCAAACAUAUUGUAUGAACUGUUCAUUAGCCCUGAACUAAUUAAUACAGGUUUGUUGGGGGGGAAGAAAAAAAAACAUAUUUCCUGUCCUACUUUCUCAGUAUAGGUUUUGUGACACGCACAUGCAUAAGCCUUUUUGUUUUUUUCCCAUUCGUCUUCAGUAACUUGUCCUCACAAAGGUCUCGGGGGUGCUGGAGCUGACAUACAUGUAGUAUUUUUAUGUUCAGUAUGACGAGGUGCAUGGAGUGCUGCUGGGUUUUUCAGAUAGUCAUACAUUAAUCAUAGUCGAGGUAAAAGGUUUUCAUUUUAUUUGUGGUGCGUUUAGCUGUGCUUGUGGACAAAAGCAGUAGUUUUUUUUUUUUUACUUGAAGGAAGGCUUUUUUAUUUUUAUUCCCUGACAACCAAGUAUUUUUUUUUCAGUUAUGGUUAUUUAUUUAUUUAGACAAUGUUAGGUGGUCUUAAGACAAAUGGUUUUUCAAAUUUAUUUAUUUAUUUAUUUGCAUUCUUGGAUAGUUAAGAGAUUAACAAGUGUGUAUUUUUUGUGUAUGUUAAUAUAACUAAAGUUAUGUUAAAAUAUUGGAAUUGAAAUUUGCUAAACCCAGACAUUUAUUCUGGUUUUCUAAAUGUUUCUGUUGUUGUAUGUUUGAGUAGUUUGAAUCGAACGGUGUAUCACCUGAACCACAGAAUGUAUGUACACUAUGUACGUACACUGUGUAAACAAGCUGGAGAUGGCCUGUGUGCACUUCAGAAAAAAAAAUAUGACUUUGGAAAUAUUUGUGAUAGAAGAAUAUGUGAAAAUUAUCAAGAGAACGACAACAGCCCAGGCUCAUGAACAGUACAGUACACUGAGUCCUAGCUUCUCCGGGGGAAGAGUAGGGUUGCAUUUUGGGACUUGUAGUUUAACGGGGCUUUGGUGCCACGCUUGGUAGCCUCCUGGAACACCAAAUGCCUACAAAUCCCAUGUUGCUUUACAGUAAACUCUACUCACAUCAUCUAAUGGUCUGUAGAAAUCUUGUGUUAGCAUGGAAGAAAGGCUCGUCAAGAUGGAGCAGGACGACAAAACUUCAAACGGGUAACACACUAAAAAUUCAAGACACUUCUUUUACCAACUUAGAGCUACUGACGAAUGUUGGGUGAUUUUUAUUUGACGACAAUAUUCAUAAAUGGACGCUUAUCACGGAAAUAUGGCCUGACACAGUAGCGUAUGAUCGCUUUUUUUUUUUUUUAUUUAAACCCAAUGAA